UCGAGAAAGCGCUGGAGCUAUAGAGAAAACGCUGUCACUUCCGCCUCUGUGUUCAGUUGUGAUUGGAAGUGGAGUUAUCUGAACUGCCCACAGAGUAAGGGAAAUAUUUUGUACCUCUACCCCCAAAACAAUCUCGUAUGCUUGUAUUUUAUUGUCUGUACUUGGAAGGCAGAUGAGCGGCUACAAGACACGAAGCAAAGCAAGGAGAAAACAAGCUAGCUUUAUAGCUAGCCACUUGACUGGUGGUCUGUCAGAUGCUGCAGGCUAACUUAUGGAAAAUGGAUUUCGUCUGUGAAAUAGUUCAAGCCUUGGUCGCAUUGGCAGCUAUAGCUUUCAUUGUGGUGCUCAUUAUCGCACACGUCACUGCCGGGAUGGUGAACCUGACACGCCAUGAGAAGGAGAAAUACUUCCUCACCACAACAGGAGAGAAGGAGCUUUUUCCCAGCCUGCAUGAUCCCCAUUCCAGGGAGCUCUCUGUGGUGAUCCCAGCUUACAACGAGGAGCUCCGAAUGCCUGUGAUGUUGGAUGAAGCUACAGAGUACUUGGAAAACAGACAGAAACAGAACCCGUCUUUUACCUAUGAAGUCAUUGUGGUUGACGAUGGCAGCAAAGACAAAACUACAGAGGUUGCUUUGCGGUACAGUAGGAAGUACGGCGCUGAUAAAUUGCGAGUCCUGACGCUGGUGACGAACAGGGGGAAAGGAGGAGCUGUGCGGAUGGGAACUCUGAGCUCCAGAGGGAAAGUCAUUCUGAUGGCAGAUGCUGACGGAGCCACAAAGUUUCCUGACCUCGAGAAAGUGGAGGCUGGACUUAACAGCCUCAACCCUAAGCCGGACAACAUGGCAAUUGCCUGUGGUUCCAGAGCUCACCUUGAGGAUGACUCAGUAGCGCAGCGAUCUGUGUUCCGUACAUUCCUAAUGUAUGGCUUUCAUUUCCUGGUGUGGUUCUUUUGCGUGAGAGGGAUCAAGGACACACAGUGUGGCUUCAAGCUUUUCACACGUGAGGCUGCGCUCAAGACCUUCUCUUGUCUCCACGUAGAGCGAUGGGCUUUUGAUGUGGAGCUUCUGUAUAUUGCGCAGUGUUUUAAAAUCCCCAUAGCAGAGGUGGCGGUCAACUGGACUGAAAUAGAAGGAUCCAAGCUGGUCCCGUUUUGGAGCUGGCUGCAGAUGGGACGAGACCUGAUUUCCAUUCGCCUGCGCUACUUCACCGGAGCCUGGAAGCUGCAGUCACAUAAGACUGACUAGCCAAUCAGACAGGCUCUGGUGUCAUAGAAGACGGCCUGUGAUGGGGCCACCAAACCUUUGGAUGAGGUUGGAAUAACAACUGUGUCCAUCAUUCACUGUAAUCAACAACAAAGAACAUAGACAGUACAUCACAUCAUUUUCCUCUCCAGACAUCACUGAAAGUGAAUCAAAUGACACAGUUGUGAGUUCUUCAUGGUCCUGCCUUUUUUUGUAAAAUUUGGAUUUUGGCUUGUGAUGGCCGCGUUACGCGCACUUUUCUGUUGCCACGGCUUACAGAAUGUCUGUAUGACUGAUCCAUGUACUACGUUACUUAUUGUUUAUUAUGUGGCCAAUCCGCUGUAAGUGAGAGAGACGUGUGAUGUGUGGAGGAUCUGAUAAUCUGUGUGUCAUGAUUCUGGCGGGUAGAAUGAAUGUUACUAUAUACGAUUUUCAAAAGGGAGGGAAUGUGGGUGGAUGACUUGUACCAAAAUAAAAAUGUCAACGAUUUCUGAUUUGA